AAUCAUAAUGGACACUGAAAUAAUCGUAUAACAGCUAUUGAAUCGUGUAUUUAACUUAAGGUGUGUAACAACUGUACUAUAUGUUUAGGGUCAUUGUCCUUUUUGGAAGAUGGCAAUGGCUCAUGUAGCUGGAAGCAGUAUUAGGAUGUGUUGCAGAUGUUCUGCUGGAGUUAACUUGAAGAUGAGACAUUCCACUAAAGCAGUGGAGCUCCGGGUCAUUGUGUGUCUUAAAUUUUAAUCUUAAAUUUAGAAAAACUGACUACGCUGAUUGAAGUGUCUUUGUUCUUGGCAUGAACAGAUCCCACAGUUAUGAACUAAUAGUUCUGUAAAGCGUUCCUCUUGUGUUGAGCAAACGGUGUGACUGUAAUAACACAUGCAAAUGUGAUGUCUCAACCAGCCAUGUUUGCUGUAAUCGUUGUGAAAGCUUUUUAGGAUGUCACAUUGGAGAACAAAAUAAUAGUGUUACUUAAAUGCAGGUGUUGGCAAACAAAUGGAGUCUUACCUACUGCAAACAACUUUUGGGCAAGAAAGGUCUUCACUGUACUGUGUAUAUAUAAUUUUUCUCUAGCCCUAUUUGCAACUUUUUAAUUGAUAUUAUAAAACAGUUUAUCUGUUAAUUUAUUGGCAGAAUAGGACAAUGUCACUGAUGUGGAGGAUAAAAUAGGGCAGGUCCAGUAUCACGAAGAAAUGUUGAUAAUGAAAUGCAUGAUAAGGCAGAAGCAGGCUGUAGUUUGGGAAACUUGUCCUUGAGUUGUUACUUAGGUGUGGUUAUUUCUCUAUUCUGAAUAUAAGUCAGUUUUUGCACAUAAGUUUAGUUGUGUGUGUUUACAACAAACAUCAGAGUUUUGUUUGGUUCCUAGAAUAGAUUUCCUAGAAAUAUUGUAAUUUUUAACACAAUCACAUUCAAUUUUGUUUAAGUGGCUAAGUAUGCAGUAUGUUCUGUUUUUAUUGCCUCAAAAAUGUUAGGGUGGAUGUUAAAUUAGUAUUUAGCCGUAUUGAUUGUGUAUGCCGGGGACAAAGGUCAGUUGUGUGCUGAAGGCGUAACCUGUCUCUGGCAAAGGUAAAAGCCCGCCACUGCAUCGGGAAUGGUAGCGAGUAGGAGGGAAAGAGAGCGUUGUUUUCAUCAGACUGGAGGAAGGGGUUAUCUUUUGAAAUUUAAUUACGCAUCAGGUUACUAAUUUGCUUCAUUCAGCGAAUCCAGAGAGACACACUUUAAAGUUAGACAUUGUCAACUCUACAUGCAACUCCUGGUGUCAUUCGUCUCCAGCUGAAAGGUCCAACAUACUCGGCGUCACAACGUUUGGGACAUUCAGGAUUCUACUAUUGCUGUGGUAACACCUCAGAGGGGCCUUGAUUGACAGGUCUCACUGCAGAAGAGCCGGCAGAAGCACCACCGUAAGGAACAUGUGCUAGAAGUUGAACAUCUGUCCUGAACGACUGGUCUGCUUUGACUCUAGAAGAUGAUCAACGAGGAUGAGUUCUUCGAUGCCGUAACAGGCCUGGAUUCAGACGAGUCCUGCGAAGGGGUGUCGGAAGCCAGUUUCAAAGAUGCUGUGUUGUUUGACAGCAAAAGCCAGAAGAACAAUGGGUCAGUGCCUCAGGAGAAUGGCAUCAAGAAGCACAGGACAUCGCUACCUGCGCCCAUGUUUUCCAGAAACACUAUCAGUAUCUGGAGUAUCUUGAAGAAAUGCAUCGGCCUGGAACUGUCAAAGAUCACGAUGCCCAUCGCCUUCAACGAGCCUCUGAGCUUCCUGCAGAGAAUUACAGAGUACAUGGAACACACUUACCUCCUCAACAAAGCGUGCUUACUGCCUGACUCCACAGCACGGAUGCAGGCAGUAGCUGCUUUUGCCGUAUCAGCAGUUGCGUCUCAGUGGGACAGGACUGGAAAACCCUUCAACCCUCUGCUGGGCGAGACCUAUGAACUCACCAGAGAGGAACAAGGUUUCCGGCUGAUAUCAGAGCAGGUGUCUCAUCAUCCCCCGGUCAGUGCCUUCCACGCAGAGAGCCUGGCUGGUGAUUUCGUCUUUCAUGGGUCCAUCUACCCUAAACUCAAAUUCUGGGGCAAGAGUGUUGAGGCAGAGCCUAAAGGAACCAUCACACUAGAGCUACUGAAGCACAGCGAGGUGUACACCUGGAGUAACCCUUACUGCUGUGUGCAUAAUAUCAUCCUGGGCAAACUGUGGAUAGAGCAGUAUGGCACGGUGGAAAUCAUCAACCACAGCACUGGAGACAAGUGUGUGUUAACUUUCAAGCCCUGUGGGAUGUUUGGAAAAGAACUACAUAAAGUAGAAGGGUACAUCCAGGACAAGAGCAAAAAGAAGCUGUGUGUCAUUUACGGGAAAUGGACCGAGUGCAUGUGGAGUGUCGACCCUCAAGUCUAUGAGUCCCACAAGAAAUCCGAAAAGAAGGAUAACAAAAAGCAGAAAAAUGAGGAGCUUGAAGGAGCGGUGAAUGAUGACGCAGACGACAUGCCUGAAAUCCAGGAGACCGUGUCUGUCAUUCCAGGAAGCACGCUGCUCUGGAGGAUAGACUCCAGACCACCUCAGUCUGCUGUGAUGUACAACUUCACUAAUUUUGCCAUGGCCCUCAAUGAGCUGUCCCCUGGCAUGGAGGCCGUCUUGGCCCCCACAGACUGUCGCUUCAGGCCUGACAUCAGAGCCAUGGAGAACGGCGACAUGGAUAAGGCCAGUAUAGAGAAGGAGAGACUUGAAGAGAAACAGAGAGCUGCAAGAAAGGACAGAGCCAAGAAUGAUGAGGAGUGGUCUACUAGGUGGUUCCAGAAUGGCACCAACCCCUACACUGGCUCCCAGGAUUGGAUCUACAGCGGUGGCUACUUCAAUAGGAACUACCAAGACCUGCCUGAUAUCUACUGAUCGCCUGCUAGCCUUCAUCCUCCUCUAUAACAUGCAACGAUCUGCCUGGAGAGAAAUGAACCCACAUAUCCCCUGUAAUUUUCACCUCUUUGUUCAUCGUUGUUCUUGCCCUCGUUCCUUUCUUAAAAUCGAUCGACGCAACCAGCACAGCUCAGAAAGACUCUGAAAAUACUUCUGUCAAACAGCGGCGUAUUUGAUGUUUACUGAGUCUUCAGGUGUUUAGUCCAGUACCUUCACCACAGUCUUACUCUCACCAACUCCUUUUUUGUCAUUUAAUGAUGAACGCUGAUUUGCCAUGUCCAGAACCCAGCUUCAUUUAGAUCACAAUAACAGUUUUAUUACUGAUCGGUCCCAGGGGCAGAGGGGUUGGUACCGUUACAACCCACAGACCCACACGCUCAGCUUGAAUGUUAAUGUCCUUACAAUCAAACUCUCUCCUCUGAGGAAGUGCCAGACAAGCUUCUGGAUGGCAGUAUUCACUAUAGUCACAUUUGUCAUGAAUUACAAGCAACAUUUAAGACAGAAGAAUCAUGGAUUUAUGGACAUGGAUGGACACCCAGUCAAUUGGGGAUAUCAGGGAUGUGAAUGCUCCUCUGACUGAAGAAGGAUUUUGAGGUAAUGUUUUGUUUUUCUCUGAAACAUUUAAAGACUGAAUUACUUAAAACAAAUAGAAAUAACACCAUAGUCUUAGAGGAAAAAGGUACAGAAAUGCUGGUGGUCGCAACCAAUCAAGAGCUAGCGCAAGCUGUCCAUGUGUGAUACACCUGAAACCUUCCGUAGCCACUGUCACUCGCUCAACGAGGUCUACUCUUUGAAAUGAAAAAACAAAUCUUCACAGGAAAUGGAAGUUGGAAGUGAAACGAGUCUGAACAGAAGCGCUGUGUUGCAACUCUGUCUAAUCUCUCCUGUAUAUCUGUAACAUAGCUGUUUAUAGUGUUCCUAACUUGAAGACACACGUAGGAUUCCAUAAGGUAAAACGUCAAGCAACUGGAUCUCUGAUCUAGUUUAAGAAACACUGAACUGAGUGUCUACAGUGUCUCGCUGCUAUGUCAUAGUGUUUUCAGCUCUUUAGGUUUACCCGGUGCAGGACAUGAUCCUCUGCUCUGGUUGCUACGUCAUUACAUUGUAAGCGCGUGCCUGGUCUUAACAACCGCAUUUCUGGCAGGUCAGGAGUUCUGGUUGACCAACAAGGCUGUAGCCACCUGCCGCAGGCUUUAUUUUAAAUUGAGAGGCGUGCUCAGGUGGUCGUUCAUCGUGUGAACGAGUGUAAAAAUAUGUACAGACACUUAAAGCCAUAUUAACUACGCGACAGAGUGAAUUUGUUGUAUGAAUGACGUGAAUGUGACAAAGUGAACGUGCAAGAUUUGCAUUUUUAGAGUCGUUGUAAUGGCAGGACUAGAAAUGAAACAUUAUUCAUGUCAGUGUAGUAUGAUGUAAUUCUCUGUCGGGCUGAAUUGGCUGUUAAAGCCUGGACAGUUUUUCAACUUUCUUCUUCUUCUUUAGACGCUGAAUGUAGUGAAAACGGGAUGUCGAAAAUUUCGUUAUCGAAUUUAUUUACAUUUGCGAAGAAGGAAAAAAGUGGUACUGCAUAAAAGAAGUUUCAGCAUCUGAGGACAGUGUGACACAGCUGGGCAGCCUGAGUGCUCUCACGCAGUGACUCAUUUACAAUAUUAGUGUACAAAUGCAAACUAUUUUUGCGGCAGUAUUUUGCCUUACGUUCCACCUGAGCAGGACUCAAGUCACCAUUUGAAUUAGGAUCAUUAACGUAAAUGAAGAUUGAAGUCAACAGUGGACCCAGCUUCACUUUUAUCACACGCUUUGAUCCGGUGUUUAUGUUGAAUUUAUCAGUACACACUAGUCCCCCGCAACCCCCCAAACACAUGUAUUAAUACUUAAAAAAAUGUUGGCUAUUAACGCAAAUGGAAAUUGUUGUGUUAGGGUAGCUUAACUGUAUGAAUCCUGUGUUGGUUGACACUUAUCGUCUUAUCACUUUACACGUUACCUGCACAGCUGUUUGCACUGGUGAAAAUGAGAUGACACUUUUUUUCCUUUUCAAGUAGUUUCCAAAAUGAUGGGUUUUGAAUUUUCGUGAUCUUCAUUUUGUGCACUUGAAAUAUUGGAUGUUUAUAUAUCACAUUUUCAUCAGUAGUUUAAGGAGCCGUAUCAUGUUCCCUUGGCCUCAGUACUUCCGCUGUGCUAUACAGUAGCUUCACAUUCCUCAGCCUCUGUGCUGCUUUGCUCAAAUAAUAGCGUUGCCUUCCAAGUUUGUCUUGAUAUAUUCCUACAUGUUGAAUUACUCAGCACUACAACCAGCCAUCUUUGAUCUGUUGAAUUUUUUAUUUCCAUUUUUGUCUAAUGCUUAGUGCCUGAAUUUGUCACUUUUGUUUUUUUUUUACUAUGAUUUUUUUUUCUUUUAUUCAUGUGCAUAAUUUAUGACGUUUGAGACAUUGUGAAAGAAUUCCUUCAUCCAGCGUUAGUUCAUGUAGCUGAUCCAGGCGACUUGGAGUCGUUUGCCUUUAGCUAAGCCUUUGUCUCUACUGUUUCACUUCACAAUGUCCAUUCAGGACUGAGGAGAACUUCAUUCACCAGCUUAACUCUUGUGCAUUUGACUGUGGCCCUUACCCUUAGAUUUACCAGCCAUUGGGGGACACUAUGCUCAUAAAGACGCUGUAUUAAUCUUUAUUCCAGUUAAAUACUCCUGGCUGCUAAAUUCACAAGCAAAAUCCACAUUCUACUACAAACACUAAAGCACCUGCAAUGUCACAGAAGGGUGAAAUCAACACUGGCAAAAUGGCCCAAUGGCUUGUAAAUCUAUGGAGAGGUUGCAUUUGUUGGUACAGAUCCGAUCACAAGAUUAACGUUCUGCUGUUUAGCUAGACCUAAGUUAUAUGUUGCUUUUGAUGAUGCCUCUUUCUCCUGUUGAGCUUCACCCUCCUGCUCUUUGACUGUGUCAUGUGCACAACUGUUGCACAGAGGUAAUCACAAGCAGAAUGGCAUAUUAUUUUGUGCAAUUGAUUUAUUUUUAUAGUAUUUAAACUGUUCAUGGUGAGAACGUUGUACCAGAUGUUUUAUUUUGAGGUGGGGGACUGUACUGUUAGGGAUCGUAUCCAUACUGUGGACAGCUUGCUAGAAUAAUGAAUGGGGGAAAAUGUCUACUAAUAAAAUCCUAAUUUCAA